GCUUCGUAUUGAGAGCGAGAGAGUAUAUACACACACACACACACACACACAUAUAUAUAUAAUAUAUAUUUAUGCAUAAAAUGCCGCACCCGGGCCGGGCCACCAGCGCUGCAACAGCAGCAGCAGCAGCAGGAGCAGAUGAAAAAGACAUUCAAUGGGCUUGAUGCUAUUUGAUGGGAUGAAAUGCAAUAUACAAUGCAGGGGCUUAACUUUAUGCGCUUCAGAGGAAUGAAAAUGGGCCUCUAACAAUGCUUUGUCUACCAUGGGCAGUGUCACGCUACGCUACUUCUGCUAUGGAUGUCUUUUUACAUCCGUGACCUGGACACUUCUCCUCUUCAUCUACUUCAACUUUAGCAGCGAAAGCUAUACUUUCAGCAAUGUGCCCUUCCAGGGGAACCAGCGAGCGCCAUGGAGAUUCAAACCCCGAUUUACCAAAGGACCCAAACGUCUGCCUGUAACACAGCAUCAAGACAAAGCAGACAGCCAGUUUAUGCAGCACAUACCAAAAAUGUCAGAGAAAAAACUGGAGCACUUUUCAGAAUUGGGUAUGAUUUUCAAUGAAGUAGAUCAGCAGAUUCGGAAUGCAGGAUACCAGAAACACGCUUUUAAUGUGCUCAUCAGUAAUCGUUUAGGCUACAACAGGGAUGUUCCUGAUACCAGAGACUCAAAGUGUAAAGAAGAAAGCUACCCAAUGAAUCUACCUUCUGCCAGCAUUAUUAUCUGUUUUUAUAAUGAAGCUUUUUCCGUUCUGCUGCGGACAGUGAAGAGUGUGCUAGAUCGUUCCCCAGCAAAUCUGCUGCACGAAAUCAUCCUUGUAGAUGACCACAGCGAUUUCAUUAAUCUAAAAGAUGAACUUGAGGACUACAUUUGGAAAUCUCUACCCAGAAAAGUGAAGCUGGUCCGAAAUUCUGAACGAGAGGGGUUGAUACGUGGCAGAAUGAUUGGAGCAUCCCAUGCAACAGGAGAUAUACUGGUGUUUCUUGACAGUCACUGCGAGGUGAAUGAGUUGUGGCUACAACCCCUGCUAGCUCCAAUUAUGCAGGAUCGCAAGACUGUGGUGUGCCCGGUGAUUGACAUCAUCAACGCUGACACAUUAAUCUACAGCGCCUCCCCAAUAGUGAGGGGAGGGUUUAACUGGGGCCUGCACUUCAAGUGGGAUCCAGUACCUGCUUCGAUGUUGAAUGGACCAGAGGGACAAACAGCAGCAAUCAAGUCACCUACAAUGGCAGGAGGACUAUUUGCAAUGAACAGGGAUUACUUUAAUGAACUUGGACAGUACGACAGUGGCAUGGAUAUUUGGGGAGGAGAAAAUCUGGAAAUUUCAUUUAGGAUUUGGAUGUGCGGGGGUCAGCUAAAAAUCAUUCCAUGCUCCAGGGUUGGGCACAUCUUCCGUAAGCGUCGCCCAUAUGGUUCACCCAGAGGGCAGGAUACCAUGGCACACAAUUCCCUUCGCCUAGCACAUGUCUGGAUGGAUGAGUUCAAGGAACAAUACUUUGCUCUCAGGCCUGAGCUUAGAGUCAGAAAUUACGGUAACAUCAGUGAACGUGUCGAACUGAGAAGAAGGCUGAAGUGUAAAUCGUUCAAGUGGUAUCUGGACAAUGUCUACCCAGAGAUGAAAGUUCUUGGACCAAAUGAAAAAGCCAGAGCACAGCAGCCGCUAAAUAGAGCUGUGAAACGGCCAAAGGUUCUCCAGCAUGGAAGGAUAAGACAUCUGCUGUCAGGCAAGUGUAUCAGUGCUCAGAGCCAUCCGAGCCAGAAAGGAGGAAUAGUGGUAGUCAAAGAAUGUGACUUAUCAGAUCCAAAUCAAAUUUGGAUUUAUAAUGAAGAACAUGAAUUAAUUUUGGCCAACCUUCUCUGCCUGGACAUGGCAGAGACCCACUCAUCAGAUUCUCCACGUCUUAUGAAAUGUCACGGGUCUGGGGGAUCACAACAAUGGAUUCUAGGGAUAAAUAACCGCAUAUACCAAGUGUCAGCUGGGCAGUGCCUUCAAGUGGUAGAUCCUGACAACAUUAAAGGAUACAUCGCCAUGGCAAUUUGCGAUGGCUCUAUUGUGCAGCAAUGGCAGAUAGAGAGCUGAAUGGAGAAGUGGUCUUUCGAAAAUUGAAUUUCAAUUGAAAAACACUCGG